AUGAAAUUGGAAGGAGCAGAAAGAGAUCAAACAUUUACAUUGGUUGAUGCACAUUGCCAUUGGAGUACCCAACACAAGGAAUGUAGUGCAAAUGUUACUGAUAUUCAAUGGCAACCUCAGUUACAAGGCUUGGAAUUUAAUACAAUUACCAAGAGGUGUGUCAUGUCAACAAAUCAAUGGGAUUGGUUAUCAGUGAAGAAAUUGGCAGAAUUUGAUGAUGAGCAAUUCAAGAUCGCCUUUGGUAUUCAUCCUUGGUAUUCACAUUUGUUUAGUACCGGAUCUGAGUAUUCUACAACACUCGAGAAUAAACGAAAUCAUUAUCAAAACGUGUUGCAAUAUAAAUCCAGUCAGCAGGAGGAAUUCGAUUGUCUUAUAGAGACACUACCACAUCCGCUUAACGUUUAUGAUUAUAUAGAUUCUCAUUUUAAUAAAGAGCUUGUAUCAUGUAUUGGUGAGAUAGGGCUGGAUAAAAUAUUUAGAUUACCUAGAAAUGGAUAUUAUACGUCUUCUUCAGAACCUCAACAAUUAUCCAAUAUUAGAGUCAAGAUGGAUCACCAAUUAAAAAUCCUUAACAUUCUAUUGGACUUAUCUAUUAAAUAUUCUUUACCAAUAUCUGUUCAUGAUGUGAAAACGCAUGGGGUGAUCUUUGAUGUUUUGAAAUCUCGGAUCUUAUCACAACAGCAUAUUAUGAUUUGUUUACAUUCAUUCACUGGCACUGCGGAGUUUUUAAAGGGUAAUUAUUUACGUGUGUUUGGUCAAGAAAGAAUUUUUAUAUCUUUUUCUAAAUGGAUCAACCUUGAUAAAAAUUUAAAUGUUUUUCAAGAGAUCUUAAAAGUAUUGCCUAAGAGAUGUAUUCUUACGGAAACUGAUUAUACUAUUGAUACAAAUGAUAGACAACAAUUGGCCCGAGAUUUAUUGUACGUUAAUGAGCAAUUAAAGAUUUAUUUGGAUUUGGAAUCGUUGGAAGAUAUUACCAAUUUGGUUAAAACAAAUUACAUAGCAUUUCUAUCUAUUUAA